GUUGUGAUACACGUAUGCAGAAACACCACAGGAAGCACCUCCAGGCAUGUGCAGGUCCAUUGUAGUAGUUGUAGAAGUUUAUAUAGGUGUUCUGUGGUUGUAGCUUUUCAUAAGCUACUCUGCAGAUCCUACGAGUCUGGUAGCUACUACAAGGUUUUCAUUGCUUUUCCAUGCUUACUGCGCUUUCCGGUUAUUCAUUGCUACGGAGCGUUCUCUUAAGCGGAGGGCUAGUGUGUGCAGUUUUCCAUCACUUCUAAAAAGUUCUUAGUAUGAUAAUGGCCGAGCUUGGCAAAUUACGAUUUCGCUAGCGGGCUCGUGUCCGACCGACCGCGGGGUAGGCGCGCGUUAUAACAGUACAGCACACGGUUGGGACCACGAUCGAGCCGUGCAACAUGCGCAACAAGUGCGAGACGCUGCUCGUUCGGCACUUGCCGACCUCGAUGAGCGAAGCGGAAAAGAUCGACCUGCUCAAGCACUUCGGCGCUGACAGCGUGCGAUGCAUGCGAUCGACGGGCAAGCUGAAGAACUCCGCGUUCGCGACGUUCCCGACGCAGGACGCCGCCGACUGCGCUCUCGAUCGUUUGCACCAGGCCGUGCUCAUGGGCAGCCGUCUGGUCGUCGAAUACGCGCUCGGCAAGCAGGUAGACCGCUAUUUCCCGAGUAAGAGCGAGCAGUUCUCGGAGUCUGCGAGCGCAGCAGAAAUCGCCGACAAGCAGGCGGCUGCGACGUCGUCGAAGGAUGAGUACAAGUCCAAAAUGGAGGCGUUCGCGAUCAAGCUGCACGCGAUGUCCGCGGACCUGGGGCUCGACUACGUUCUCAACCCGAUGCUGACUUACGCCUACCCUCCUGCGUCUCCUGCGAUCGUGGCGAACAUAGCUGCCAUGCUGCUCUCAGUGCCCAAGUUCUACACUCAGGUUCUGCAUUUGAUGAACAAGAUGAACCUCCCGGCCCCGUUCGGACCUCCGAUGCCGCAGCCGCCCAUGAUGCAACAAUCUCUCCCCGUCAACCCCGGUCUCGCCACGAGCGAAACCCAACCCACGGCUUCCGCUGCGGCUGCCGAAGCGUCGGGCGGUGACCACGAGUCGAGCUUGGAGGAGUCUGAGAUGGAGAGUGACGAAGACGACGCCUUUCAGAGAGCCCAGCUGCAGCAGUCCGUGAUACCAAAGAAGCGCAAAGCCAAGACCCAGCUGAAGAGGCCCAAACUCCAAAAGCUUCUACCGCCUCAGCCGGUUCAGGAGCAUGGGCCCAAGGCGUCGGAUGUGUUCGAGCCACUCGUCGAAGACAGGGGAGUGCCGAAAGCUAUAGCCAUCAACAUCCGACAUGAAAUCGACGGCGAAGCACAAGUGAAGCAAACGACAGCACCAGAGGUUGUGGAGGGAGGCGGCUUUGGCAUUCUGCCUGCCUUGCCCAAGCCAGUGGAAACCAGUGAGACGAAUGCCAGUGAUGACAACUAUGACUGGAGUGGAACGCAGUUCCUGCGGAGGGAGGAGAUCAGGUCGGGGCGUAUCUCCAGCGACGAGAUGAGCAGAGCGUCCGUGUUCAAGAACUAUGAGCCAGGAGAUGUGGCCUCCAGGCUCUACAUAAAGAAUGUGGCCAAGGCUGCGACUGUUGAGGACUUGUUUCGCAUCUAUGGAGGCUACAUCGAUGCCAACUCUGAGGAACAGUGUAAUGCUUUUGACAUAAGGCUCAUGAAAGAGGGCCGCAUGAAAGGGCAAGCGUUUUUAACACUUGCCAGUGAAACUCAGGCAGACAGAGCUCGAAGGGACACCAAUGGUUAUCUUCUGAAAGGGAAGCCGCUUGUUGUGCAGUUUGCAAGGUCAGCAAAAGCCAAGAAGCCGCCCACGGACUGACAAUGCUUGCCUUAAUGUGUUACUUUAUUGAAGUUGUUCAUGUGGGCACCUGUAAAUAAGCAUAAGCAAUGCGGUAAUGUAUAAAGCUGAAAGUAUAAAAGUUGUGCUACGCACAACUUUUAUACUUUCCUUUUUAAUGUGAAUAAUACUUCAUGUCUGAUCUGCAUGUAAGCAAAGUGCGCCAGUAAUACUUCAUCAAGGUGUAUCCACCUCUCUUUGUGAAAUGCAACUAUUCUUGUAUAUAAAAUUGCUGUAUGAUGCAGCUGUUGAUGAUGAUGCAGCCGCUACAAUUUGAGAAAAGGGCACACACAUGAAUGGAUCAGGCCAAAAAAAAAUAUGAAAAAGAAAGAUUUAGGGAUUUCAGUUCUCCACGUAGUGCUUUUCACACUGUCACCUCUGCUGAACUUGAAGUUUACGUCUCGUGCUGCUAUUUCCAUUAGUUGAUUCUGCUACAACUGUAUGCUGUCUGUGCCCAGGCUUACAUAUACAUGGGUUUAAUUUUGUUGGGCUACAACUGCAGAAGCAGACUCUUCUGUCUUAAGCCUCUUUAGCAAAGUUAUAUUGCUGUUAACAAGUAGCGUGGUGGUGGGUACCAGUGCAACAUCAAGAUUCGUAAAUCUCUGAAGAUUGGUAUUUUUCGACAGCUAAGAUGAUUCAGAAUAUGAAAAGACAUUGAAAAACUGAAAUAUGAAAAACUGGAGUUGCAGUCUUCACCAGCUGAACGGAGCUCUAAAAUGUGAGCAGGCACUGCUAGUUCUCUCUGAACUUUGUCUUUGGUAAGCAUCUAUAUUGCAGCUGGUAGUUGUUCAACUGGAAGUGCACAGGAAGGAGAGUUAUUUUGCCUAACUAUGCCUAAUGCAAUACAGUGCAUUCAGUUACUCAACUAGUAUUUCUUUCCCUUUUAAGGUAAUAGCUAGAGCGGAGAAAAGUUCCUAUGGGACGCACAGUUAGUUUAGCCGUCUGUUGACAUCUGAAUGGCAACCAGCAAAGGGGUCUGAAUAAUGGAAGUAAUGUACAAGAAUGGAAGAGAUGGGAGAUGAUACUGGGUGUCCGAAAAGUAACUGUCUAAUGAGAAUAUAAACAUAAAAAUAUGAUGAUGAUUGGGAAUGGAAUUGCAGUUUCACAUGUGAUUUGAUAGUGCAAGACCUUGUUCGUUUGAUAACAAAUGUGGGGUGCACUCAAAGGAUGGGCGAACGAGAACAAUCCUCGCACGCUGCAGGUGGCUAUUACUUAGCAUGCUGUACAGACAACUUCAACACCCUUCCACCAAGUGCUUAACAAUAUGCAGUGUUGUAUGAACACAAAUCUUCAAGCCGGUUGCAGCCAUUUUCAGCAUCUGUACUGAUCACUGCCACAAAUAGAGAUUUGAAAUUUUCA